AUGGAUGAAGUUUAUGUAGUUCCAGGAAGACCUCGCCGUAAAGCUGAAGAAAUGACUCAUCUUCAUAGGUACCAUGUUGAAAGCUUUUAUGUGGUUUUAGAUCUACAACUUCAGGAGCUAAACAACCGUUUCAAUGAGAAGAAUACAGAGUUGCUUUUAUGCGUGGCAUGUUUUUAUCCAAAGAAUUCAUUUGCUAGGUUUGAUAAAGAUAAAUUGGUUCGAUUGGCACAGUUCUAUCCAAAUGAUUUUUCUAGUAUUGAACUUCAAGUACUAGAUACCCAACUGCAGACUUAUUUUAUUGAUGUAACUUCUGAUCCUGCUUUCUCUACAUUGGAUGGUAUUGAUGAAUUAGCUCAAAAAAUGGUGGAAACAGGAAGACAUUUGGACUAUACGUUGGUGUAUUUGCUUCUAAAGUUGUCUUUGAUCCUACCGGUUGCAACUGCUAGUGUGGAAAGAGCAUUUUCUGCUAUGAAGUUAAUCAAGACAUCUUUACGCAACCGGAUGAGCGAUGAUUUAUUAAAUGAUUGCUUAGUGUCGUACGUUGAAAAAGAUAUUUUUGAUCAAGUUUCAAAUGAAGCAGUUCUACAACGAUUUCAAAAUAUGAAAGAGAAUAGAGGAAUAUUAUCCCGUAGUUCAUCAUAA